UCCAGAUCCAAAGACCAGAUGAUUUGCCUUUAACACAAGAAGAAAUGAAUACAAACGUUUUAAUUACAAUUAGUAAACUCUACAGCGACUAUCUUAUAAAUACAAGGAAUUACAGCAUGUCAGAAUCUGGAAUUAUAAAUAUUGAAAUUCCAUUUUCUGAUUAUCUAACAUAUAACUCUGAUUCUACUGUUGCUAUUAAGGCCACUUAUAAAGGCUCUACUCAAAGCUGGCACAUGUACACUCCUUACUUCUGGUAUUGGAACCCUUCAAUUUACAUGAAAGUGCCAGACACACCUAUGCAGACUGGAAUUCCAUUUACCAUAAGUGUUGGAACUGUCCCAGAAGUUCAGAAUGUGUAUUAUGUGGUAAUGGGGGGAGGAGUAAUCGUAGCAGCUGGAAAGACGAGCAACUCCUCAUUUACUCUCACUGCUGAAACCUCAUGGCUUCCCUCUGUGGAAGUCACGUCUUAUUUUGUUAAUCCUAAAACCAGUUUUGGUAAUGACAUUGGCCUUUCUACUAAGAUAUUUUACAUCAAGGGCAACAAGGUUAAGGUUGCUUUGUCAUGGAGUAAAAGCAAAGCAAAGCCUUCAGAACAUGUAUCUCUGACAAUCAGCAAUAUCACUAAAACUCCUGCUAUUGUGGGCCUGAAAGUGGCUGAUAUAAAUGACAAACUGUCAGGAAAUACAAACAGUCUAGCUGCCAAAGUGGAGAAUAGAUAUUUUCUGAGUUAUUACUCCCACCAUUCUGAUGGCUACAUCAGCUAUUCCAACUACAGACUAGAAAUAUAUAGUGAAUUUCAAAAUAAUGAUCCAAUAAACCAGCCUGUGAAUUAUCAACCUCAUAUUUCUGAGACCUGGAUCUGGUUAAAAACCCAUAUCAGCUCUGGAGCAAAUUCUAGCCUGCAAGUAACUGUACCUCAUAAAUUUAUGACUUGGGUGGCCAGUGCCUUUGUGAUAUCAGAAGGACUUGGUCUGGGAGUGUCAGAGCAAUAUCCUGAGCUUGAAGCUUUCCAGCCUCUUCUUCUGACCCUGAAUGCUCCCAGGACUGUAAUCAGAGGUGAAAAUUUUAUUUUAAAAGUUACCCUGGAGACCUACAUAGCAACAGACUUUCAGGCGACCUUGAAAUUGGAACCUAGUAGCUCCUUUGAAAUAAUUAUUCCAGAUAACAAUACAAAUAGUGUACCAGGACAAAGAAGUGUCUUCAUACAAAGUAAUGGAUCAAAGGAGGUGCUAUUUCCUAUAAAUCCUACGAAACUUGGUGAGAUGUCUCUCACUGUACAAGCCAACGCUCUGGGAUUUUCAGAUUCUGCAACCCAAACAGUAUUAGUAAAGGCUGAAGGCAUACAGCACGUUUAUUCCAGCAGUGUUAUUUUAAAAGCUGGAGCUCAUGCAAAAAAAUUAUCAUUCACUUUUCCUGUUGAUGUGGUAGUCGACACCAAACAAGCAUCUCUCAGCAUUACUGGAAACUUCCUUGCACCAUCAAUUAAAGGUCUUGAAUCACUGAUUCAGUUGCCCACUGGUUGUGGAGAACAAAACAUGAUUCACUUUGCUCCAGUCAUUUAUAGUUUACAAUAUUUAAUAGCAACUAACCAGAUAACUGAAGAUUUUAGAACAAAAGCCAUUCGUUUCAUGGAAAAAGGUUACCAAACAGAAUUAAAUUACUGGAGAUCUGGUGGUUCAUUCAGUGCUUUUGGAAGCAGGGAUUAUUCUAAGAGUACUUGGCUUUCUGCAUUUGUUCUAAGAUGUUUACUCCAAGCUCGUCAAUUUAUUAGCAUAAGCGAAGAAGUAUUAUAUAGAACAAAGGAAUGGUUAUUUCAGAACCUGGAUGAAAAAACAGGCAUUUUCAAAGAACCUGGACAAAUUUUAAAUACUCGCCUUCAGGGUGGAUCAAAUGGUGUCAUUGCCCACAAUGCAUACAUACUGAUAGCUAUGUUGGAAGAUGAAGGUAACAAUAAUGUUACAUACAGAAUGAAUAAAACAAUACAAUACCUUGAGAACAAGACAGAAGAAGGUAUUACCAGUAACUACACUUUAUCAAUUGUGGCCUAUGCUUUAUCAGUGGCCAAUAGCUCCAAGGCAACAGCAGCACUCACUCAGCUUAACUCAAGGGCAAACAGUACUGGGUUGCAAAGGUAUUGGUCUUCUGGAAUUGACCUAUCAAACGACUGGCAGCCCCUUUCUGCAGAUAUUGAGACAGCUGCUUAUGCACUGCUCUCCCACUGCCAGCAAAACAGGAUUGCUGAAGGCGUUCCUAUCAUGAAUUGGCUGAGCCAGCACAGGAAUCACCUUGGGGGAUAUUCUUCUACCCAGGAUACCGUUAUGGCUCUCCUGGCUUUAACCAAGUUUAUGACAUUGGUUCCAACUUCUAACAAUACUUCUCUGACUGUGUCAGUUACUGAUUCAGGAUCUAUUGUACCAAAUACAUUUAACAUCACAAAUGAAAAUCUUCUGGUUGUACAAAGUCAGCAGAUUUAUGCACUCGAGCCAUUGGAACUGGUUGUUUCUGCAGCUGGCGAAGGAGCAGCUCUUUUGCAGCUAAAUGUUGUUUACAACAGUAAAGGUGAAGCAGUUCCUUCAGAGGUAUUUAAGCUGAGUGCAACAGUAGAUGACAGUGAUAGCCAUAACCGGAUAUCAGUCAAUGUAUGCUCAAGCUAUCAAGGCCCAGAGAAAGAAACCGGCAUGAUUCUUUGGGAGGUUGAUAUACUUAGUGGAUUCAAACUGGACCCCGUUGGUAGAAAUUUAAAUGACCCUCUUAAACUAGUGGAAACAAAAGAUGAGAAAGUGUUCCUGUACUUCGACUCUAUGAACGCAAUUGAGAAUUGUGUAGCUGUUCCUAUGGUUCGUACAUCGAUGGUUGUAGGUUCCCAAGCAGCACUAAUCACAAUCUUAGAUUAUUAUAAUCCAGAAAUCCGUACAACAAGAAUUUACAAUUCAGAUAAACUAAGUAAAGCCACAGUUUGUGAAUUCUGUGGACUGAAUUGCAACAAUUGUAUAUCCAAUGUCACAACAUCUACGAAUACAACUGAACAGGUCUCGAAUAGCAGCGCUACUGCACCAAAACUUGCCAUGCUUUGGUUCUGCGUGAUCUGCAUGUGGAAUAUUCUCUAGCCAUGAUAUUUAGAUACAGUUUUACUUAAAAUAUUCUUUGUAUUCUUGCUUUAUGUUCAGCCUUUUAAUGCUACUUUUCUCCUCCUAAUGAUCUGAAUUUUAAGUAAUCAUAUCUUAUAACAACAAGUUUAGUGUAACCCAGCUUUAUAUCAGGCCAGAUAAUUGCAGAGCUGUAUUAAUCAAAACUAAUUACAUAUUGUUGAUAGGUUCUUAUUAGAUAAAUCAUUAUAAAUUAAUUCUUCUAUUAGAAAUUGUCAUUUUUUUUAAAUCUAUUUUUUCUCACUAACUUUAUGGUUUUAAGAAGAAGGUCACUUGGUUAAACAGACGGAAACUGGGGAAUGCAGAAAGAAAAAAGCAGACUAUAAUCUCACUAAAAUUGAUUUUGGAAAUGAUCUUACCCUGGCAAUACUAGUCUUGUGAAAAGGGGGCACUAUUAACUCGUUCUUGCAUAAUCCCCUUCCCACUAGAGAAAGCCUUCUAAGUAAAGAAGGCUGAAAUGAGGGGCAGAUGCAAAUCCUAGUACAGGCAAUUAGUCAGGGCAGGCGGCAAACCAAAAGCCGUCCAUGAAACAUGGAGGCGGCAGACAAGCUUAAUCCAAAAUAGCAGGCCAAGGGUCAUAACUAGGGGGUCAGAAAGCAGGGGGCAAGGGGAAAGCCAGGAACUGAUUUACAGAAUUCAGGACUUCAGAAUACAGGAUCUCAGGAAUACAGGAAUUUAAGGCUUGGACAAAACAAAAGAGCUAAUGAUUCAGCACCAUGGUGUAUGGAAGAGGCAGGCUUAAAUAGCCCCUUAAUUGGCAUAGCAGGGAACAGAGACAGGGGGAAAAGCGAUUGAUAUAAACUGGCAGGCAUAAAGCACACUGCCUCCUGUGGCUCAGUCUGGAGGAAAAGCAAGCAGUACUCCUCAGGUCCCUGGUUCUAAACCAGGAAGUCCCUUACAUAUAGUAGACUGUAUAUUGGUUAUAGUAUCCAAUAUACUCUGCAGUAUAUUAUCUGGCUGUUAGAUUGCAACAUGGAUACCUACAUUGUCACCACUGAGGAAGUCCAUUCCUCAUAAUUACUUUUUGUAAACUACUUAUGAACAUCCUAAAACUCUUUUUCAACAAAUUCCCAUGGAUCAGUUCAUCAGCUUCAUGUGGGUUUCUUUCAAGUUAUAGGUAAUGGCCUUGUGGGAACGGUUUUUGCAAUGGGAUUAUGAUAAGGUCAGAAAAGUAUUGGUAUGGGGUGGAUAAAGAUAACAUGAACAAACGAUUAUUAAAAGAACUGCAACUAGUGACAUCAGUGAUAUUUUGGGUUCCAUGCUAUCAAGUAAAUGACAAGGCUGUGUUUAUAUUUUUCAUUACAAACACUAGUGAUAGUAGGUAUGUAUAUUGUAGUGGGGUUUUACUAGAGAAUCUGAUCUUAAUGGAUAAAUGAAAAACAAACAAUUUAUGUUGUUAACAUUCCAUAGUUGUCCCCGGUAUUUUGGAUCAUUUGACAUCAGAACAAUGUUAUCAAAAUUCUUUAUUAAGAUGUAAUAGAACAUAUACAGUAUAUUCAAAUAAAGAAAGCAGAUCAAGAUUUAAA